AUGUUUCUUUUCUUAUUUGCUGCAUCAGCUGCUUCAUUAAAGGAGAAAAACGGCCUUACACAAUGCUCAAUCUGCAAUAUUCUCGCAGAAAACAUUGAAAAGGGACUUGAAAGAGGAAUAGAAGAAUCUCAAAUCAAACAACAGCUUAAGGAAAAUUGCGACAAGCUUGGUAUUUUAGCUGAUGCCUGCAACAUUAUUGUUGAUCAGUCAUUCAGCAAGCUCAUCUACUUCCUUCGUUCUGGUGAAUCUGGUAAAGCUGCUUGCAGACUUAUCGGUGCUUGCAAGCCCACUGCAUAUUAUGAAAACCAAGAAGAUGAUUUCGUCGAGUAA